AAGGAAACGUAGAAAAAAAGCCGUUAAUGGGUCCCGCUUCAGCCGUUGCUCUCUCUUUCUCCUUCCCUCCUCGUUUUCAUUUUCUCUCUCCUCUCUUUUCCCUGUUCUAAUUGAAUCAUCAUCAUCCUCCCUCAAAAAUCUCUGAAAUUAUUUGUGCCCUCAAAUCUUAGACCUAAUUUACGAUCCGAAUUCCUCAAUUCGUUUCCAUUUCAAUCAUUUCACUACCUGGCAAUAUUUUAAUCUAUUCGUUUCGAUCUUGUGUACAGAUUAAUUAAUUGUAUUAUGUACAUCAUAGAUCGUGUACAAUUAUUAAACCUGUGAUUAUAUAUUAUAUUUAUAUAUCAGGGAAAUUGAAAACGAAAUUUUAAGUUAUUGAUAAAAGAUUCUGGAAAGGAAUUUUAGCGGGUUAGGUUUAAAUUAACAAAUAAUUGAUCAUAGAAAGAAUGUCGAAUCUACAUGGAGAUUAUAAUCAGAAAAUUGAUUAUGUGUUUAAGGUGGUAUUAAUUGGAGAUUCAGCUGUAGGUAAAUCCCAGCUUCUAGCCCGAUUCGCGAGGAACGAAUUUAGUGUUGAUUCAAAAGCUACAAUAGGGGUUGAAUUUCAGACCAAAACCCUGGUGAUUGAUAAGAAGAUUGUCAAAGCUCAAAUUUGGGAUACUGCUGGUCAAGAAAGGUAUCGAGCAGUUACGAGUGCAUAUUACAGAGGAGCAGUAGGAGCAAUGUUAGUAUAUGACAUGACCAAGCGUCAAUCAUUUGACCACAUUGCAAGAUGGCUAGAUGAAUUGAGGGGGCAUGCUGAUAAAAACAUCGUGAUCAUGCUCAUUGGCAAUAAGUGUGACUUAGCUUCUCUUCGUGCCGUGCCUAUUGAAGAUGCAAAGGAGUUUGCUGAGAGAGAGAACCUGUUCUUUAUGGAGACAUCUGCUCUAGAGUCUACCAAUGUUGAGACUGCUUUCUUAACAGUUCUGACAGAGAUAUACAGAACAGUCAGCAAGAAAACCCUCAGUGUCAAUGGUGAUUAUGAUGUAAGUAGUAAUGCAGCACUUCUUAAAGGAACUCAGAUUAUUGUUCCUGGCCAAGACACAAGUAGUCAAGAGAAAGGAGGUUGUUGUACUUGAUAUACAUAUUUGUCACUUUGACAAUAUUUUUUUCGCGUAAAAAUGUAAGGGCUUGGCAAGGGGAUGAUUAAGCAAUGAGUGAAGAGAGAUUGAAUGAAAUUAGGUUGUAAUGCUGUAUAGAUCCUGAAAAAGCUUCAAACUUGGAGAAACCUUCUUUUAGAAGAUGAUCACCCGUUUCAUUCUGUAGACUUGGGGUCAUUCUUUGUGGGAGUUAGGAAAAUGAUAAAUAUAGGUUUAAAAUUUUGCUCGUCUUACCAGGAUGAUGACUUUGGGGUUAGUUUUCUUUCGAAUGUAGUGAUUAUUACACUUCUGAAUCAUUUUCAGUUCAUAUUAUGUACUAUUAUCUUAUCUUA